AAACCUUUUUCAAGAAAACAUUUUCCUUCGUACCGAACACCUAACGACUAAACGCAAACAUAUGAGGCCUAUAUCAUCCUAAUAGCAGAAACUUCAGGUCUUCAUAUCCUGAACAACUCUGAACAGAACAGCUAAAGAGUAUACCGUAGAAAUGGAAGAAAUAACCAACAAAGCUCAUGCUUUAGUUCUCCCUUACCCUAUACAAGGCCACAUAAACCCAAUGGUUCAAUUUUCAAAGAGAUUAGCAUCGAGAGGAGUUAAAGUGACCUUAGUCACCAUAGACUAUGUUAGCAAGAACAUGCCAAAGGAGUUUGGUUCAAUCAAGAUUGAGUCCAUUCCACAUGAUGACGAUCCACCACAAAGUGUUGACAAAUCUCUUGAAUGGCUCCUUGCUUUGUUAUCUAAAAGCUUGGGAGCAAUUGUUGAGAAAUUAUCUGAUUCUGAGUACCCUGUGAAAGUUCUUGUUUAUGAUUCAAUCAUACCUAGGCCAGUUGACUUGGCACAUCAGCUAGGACUCAAAGGAGCUGCAUUUUUCACACAAUCUUGUUCUCUAAGUGCCAUAUACUAUCAUAUGGAUCCAGAAACAAGUAAAGUUCCUUUAGAUGGCUCUGUUGUAACUUUGCCUUCACUUCCAUUGCUGGAAAAGGAAGAUUUGCCUUCUUUCAUCUAUGAGAGUGAUUUGUAUCCAUCUCUGACAAGGAUUAUCUUCAGUCAAAACAUCCAUUUCAAGAAAGCAGAUUGGCUUUUCUUCAACACAUGUGAUGUGUUGGAAAAGGAGGUGAUCGAUUGGCUAAGGAUACAAUAUCCAAUCAAAACCGUCGGACCAACAAUUCCAUCAAUGUAUCUUGACAAGAGACUAAAGGAAGACAAAGAAUAUGGUUUGAGUCUCUUCAAGCCUAAUGGGGAAACUUGUGUGAAGUGGCUAGAUUCAAGGGAAAUUGGCUCUGUUGUGUAUGUAGCAUUUGGAAGUUUGGCCAGUCUUGGAGAACAACAAAUGGAGGAACUAGCAUGGGGAUUGAUGACGAGCAACUUCCAUUUCUUGUGGGUCGUUAGAACUUCUGAAGAAAACAAACUCCCAAAUGAAUUCAUGUCGAAGUUAUCAGAAAGAGGACUAAUUGUGAAUUGGUGCCCUCAACUUGAUGUCUUGGCUCAUCAAUCAGUUGGAUGUUUUUUUACUCAUUGUGGAUGGAACUCGACGCUCGAAGCACUGUGUUUGGGAGUACCAAUGGUGGCCAUGCCCCAAUGGUCAGAUCAACCGACUAACGCAAAAUUUAUUAGUGAUGUAUGGCAAACAGGAAUUCGAGUUAAGGCUGGAGAAGAUGGUGUAGUUAACAGAGAUGAAAUCGCGAGUUCCAUAAGGGAAGUCAUGGAGGAAGAGAAAGGUAUAAUGCUUAAAGAGAAUGCAAUUAAAUGGAAACAAUUGGCUAAGGCAGCAAUAGAUGAAGGAGGGAGUUCUGAUAAGAAUAUUGAAGAAUUUCUUUCAAACUUGUAAUGUUCUAGCUGUUUAAAUAGCUUGCAUUUCAUUUUUGUUUUAAACUAAACAGCCAAGUAGUUGCUUAAAGAACUCUCGUAAUGUUUAUGGUUGUUUAGAAAAAUUCCCGAUUUUUUUAACCGAACGACCUGAGUUUGUGGAGAA